UCAAAUCUGUCAAAUUAGUCAAAAUUUACUGAUUGGGGAAUUUUACAUAUUUGCAUAAAUCCAUUACUUUUAGCUUUUACAAGAAACCUAUGGAAUAGUUUAAUAAUAUAAAACACGCAGGACUAUGUUAACAGGUAUCCACUAACAUUUAUAACCCCCCAAUAUCAAAAUAAACAAUAGGUUUUGAUUGGUAAUUUGGUGGUGAAUCAUCAUCCAAAAAAGAGUGAACCAUGGAGUGGCUGUUCGGGCACCGCAUGACGCCGGACGAGAUGCUGCGCAAGAACCAGCGCGCGCUCAACAAGGCCAUGCGCGACCUGGACCGCGAGCGCCUCAAGAUGGAGCAGCAGGAGAAGAAGGUCAUCGCCGACAUCAAGAAGCUCGCCAAGGAGGGCCAGAUGGACGCCGUGAAGAUAAUGGCGAAGGACCUGGUGCGCACGCGGCGCUACGUGCGGAAGUUCAUGCUCAUGAAGGCCAACAUCCAGGCCGUGUCGCUCAAGAUCCAGACGCUCAAGUCGCAGAACACCAUGGCGCAGGCCAUGCGCGGCGUCACGCGCGCCAUGGCCACCAUGAACCGCCAGCUCAACAUGCCGCAGAUACAGAAGAUACUGCAGGAGUUUGAGAAGCAGUCAGAAAUAAUGGACAUGAAAGAAGAGAUGAUGAACGACUCCAUCGACGAGGCCAUGGAGGCCGACGACGACGAGUCGGAAAGCGACGCGGUGGUGGGGCAGAUCCUGGAUGAGCUGGGGCUGCAGCUCAACGAUCAGCUGUCGGGCCUGCCGCAGGCCACCGGCUCGCUGUCGGUCGCGGCGAAGACCCCGCAGGCGGCGGGCGUGGCGGCGGGCGCGGGUGGGGGCGCGGGCGGCGGGGGCGCGGUGUCCGACGCCGACGCCGAGCUGCAGGCGCGCCUCGACAACCUGCGCCGCGAGUAGCGCACGCACACAUGCGCCGCGCCUGCCCCCCACCCCCACACACACACACACGGCACACACCAGGCGUCGGGCCUGAGCGAUACACACACGUGAGUGGAACGGGAACUUCGAUUAAUCUCAAAGUAUUUUGCGACCAUGUUUUCGGUUUGAAGGGGUGUUUAUUUACUGAUGUAAAAACGUCAACUUUGAAAAAUAUUACCGUCACGAGAGAAGUAGUAAUACGCUUAAUCCGAUAUUGCAUGAAGGGGGAAAUUUUCCAUAUGAGUGAUCGUUGAGCUGACAAAUUUUAAUAUAAAAUUGCUAAGAAAGAGCAUAGUUGUGAUUCCAUUGUAACCGGUGACAUGACACGACAUCGCAUUGCGGCAAGAAAAAGUAAAUUCUUGUAAAUUGGCACGUUUUGGAUUUGAUUAUAAUAUGUCUCAAUUUGCCUCAGCUUUGUCUUUACAUCUUUCUUUUGUUAUCUUAACUAAGUUGAAUAAACAAUUGACAUCAAAAAUGAUUAAGAAUAUUAAUAAUGGUCCAUUAUGAGUAGUGUAACUUGGUUGAUAUUUUCCAUCAGAUAAAUUGAUCGAACAAAAGUAUUUUUCGUGUGUUAUUAAUCAGACUCUGAAACAUUACAAUUAAUAAAUUUAAAUUGUGCCUUAUUGCAGAAACAAACAGUAGGUACAAGUUUCUUUCCACUUAGGCAUCAAAAAUGCUCAUAUGGUAUUUAGAAUCUAAAAUCGUAUACCGCAAAAUAAAUAAAUUACUGAAUUACCAUAAAAAAUAUUUUCAUAACCCGAAAUGAAUAUUGAACUAUAACGUGCUCGCAAUCUUAAAGAUCGGCAAUAAAACUGUAAAUACCGCCAGUCGACAUGCGAGUGACCGCAUUUUGAGGCGCCAAUAAUAAAUUCAAAUGUUUAAAAAUGAAAUGUUUUAAUAUGAUUUCAUAAAUAACACGUGCGACAUCGCACAGCUUGUAAAUAUGAUCUUUCUUUACAAUGAUGUUAUUAUGUCGCUUAGGAACACAUGCAAUUGUGUACUUUUAUUCCAAGAGAGCUCUAGCGCGAGGUCGCGGCCGCUGCCUCUUGUACAGAGUUGUUGUUAUUGUAAUAUAAUUAAGUUUAUCUAAGUAUAUUUUAAUAAAUAUUUUUAUAUAA